AUGACUAUCAACAAAAUUCGUAGAAAUUAUCAACUACUUGGACUAGAAAAUGAUUUGAAUUGCCCUUUAAUUUGGCUUAUUCAUGGUGCAGGAGGUGAUUUAAACCAUUAUAAUUCAGUUGCUCAACUUUUAGUUAAAAAUGGGUUUCGUAUUCUAUUAAUGGAUGUUCGAUAUCAUGGUCUAUCACAGCCUACUAUUUGUGAUGAAGAGGAGAAAAAGAGAUGGUUUUCUUUUGAUAAUGUCAUGGAGGACAUGAAUAUCAUAUUAGAAGAAGUGAAAGAAAGGUAUUAUCCAGCAGAUAACAAGCUUCAUUUAUUUCUCGGUGGAUUAUCGAUGGGUGGCAUGAUUUCCUUGCUUUAUGCAGCAAAUUGGCAAAAGAAGAAGAAGUUUAACAUUCAAUUAGAAGGUUUAAUUUUAUUAGCAUCAGGCAUUCCUUAUAUGCAAAUUCCACGUGUUGGAUGGGAUCUCUAUGCUGAAAGGAAAGCUACUCUCGAAGACCUUCAGAGAACUAGAAUUGCAAUCACUUUAUCCUCUCUUACUCAACAGGCAGAGGUUAAAAGAGCAUUACAGUUAAUCUCUGACGAUGCUCUUUAUGAGGUCAUGGUCACUAUUGCUACUUUACUUCCAUCGUCUCCUCAAGAAUUACCUUAUACAUUAUUAACAAAGAAGCCUACACUUAUCAUUGUGCCAGAUCAAGAUCCUUAUACACGCCCUGAACUGGAAUUAUUACACAAGAUAAAUUUAGAACAGGGUGUAGAUAGUGAAUUAGCUGUAGUAGAAAAUUCUGGACACAUGAUCAUAUUAGAUCAACCAAAGAAAGUUGCUGAUACAAUUCAGAAAUUUUGUAACCGCAUCCUGUUUUCGUAA